AUGGAUACCUACAAUCCAUUCAACAGAGACGUUUUUGAGAUGGCAAGGGCAAAGAAUUGGCCUGCUCCAAUCAACUAUGUGGAAGUAUCCGAAGUGCCGGUUCUCCUCAGAGAUAAAAUUCGGUUCAAGAACAAUUCGAAGAAAAUAUUGGACUUCCGUCUCAUUUUCAGAAGUCCUGAAGGAGCUCGAGAAAUCACCGUCUCUAAUCCAGAAGGUAUUACUUCCGAGAAAGAAUUCGAUUUCCGAAUUUAUGUGACGAGUGACAUGAUUCAUGAAACCGCCUGCAAAGUAAUGAAAUGGGUGCAUUAUAAUAUGUACAUUGCGGCGAAGGAAUACGAUGAUGCGUAUAACUUUGUUGCAUAUCAUGAGAAACUCAUUACGAGCAUCGUAUUUCGAGACGCCCAGGAAGAAUAUGAAAUGGAAAUUGCCACACCGUCGGAAUCGCAGCAGCCAGGACCUUCUCAACUGGACCAGCCGAACCCAGGAAUCAUUUCUGCCAGAAAAAGCAAUGCGGCAGGAAACGGAGAAGGAUCUGAAAACUCCAAAAAGAGAGCCAUGGACUGCGAUAGAAAGUUGAUGAAAGGCGAUGGCUAUUAUAAAUGGAGAAAUAAGAAUAUUUUCUACAAAGCAAUGGCUGGAGGACUCUUUGAUGUGAAAUGGACAGAUGAUAACCGGGAAGAAAAGGGAUGUAUCACAUGUUCGGAACUCUCCAGUGUCAUUGGAAAAGCAAAAAAGGAGAUUGUUGAGCAAAUAAGGGCAUACAAACCCAGGGGGGUGGAGAAUACACUGGAGUUUUCUCAUUUCUUCUUUGAAACAUGUCCUCAUUUGGAAUGUGUUGAAUGGCGAUUUCUUUUGGUGAAAUUGGAGAUUUAA